AUGCGCCCAGAGCGAGCGCGCACACAGCUAGGAGACUCGCUACCAGCCUAUGCAUCAACACCUCCACGGUCGAAGGUUCUCCACAGAACACAAACGCCUGCCGUCUCACUGCUGAGAGAAGAAGGCCAGGAAUCUGUUGCAGCAGGGACUGCCGAGGGGCGAUCAGAUGCCCAGAGCAGACCAUCGAAUUCCCAGGACAGGUCAUCGGAUUCUGAGAGUGAGAGUACAAACUCGUCCAAAAGUUCAUCUCCUGUCAUUGAACAACACCCUGAUCUGAUCGAUACUGAGUCGUCCACGCAUCGCCAAACAUCCGAUUCUCAAAGUCAAAGUCCCAAACAAUCAAGAUCGCCUUCCGGAUCCGCGGAUACUUCGGUUCCUAUGGACAGCAGACAUGUGCCGCCUUCCGUUGCGAGCAAUAGCCAAUACGACAAAAGUACACCCAAUCCUACACAGGGGUCUCCAUCCUUGGUGUCGACGUUGAAAGGGGCCACCAAAGAAGCAACUUCAGAGACCACCAAAGUGCCGAGCCUGGAGCAGGAGCGAUCAUCGAGUGAAAGUGUAUCCAGUGAGUCAGAUGAGGACGACGCUCAAAGACAGCCACUCAGGCUCGUUUUCCGGCUUCCGGAACCACAGCAUCCAGACGGCGAACAAAAAGAGCCCGCGGGCCAGCAGUUUGAAGAGGACAUUAUAAUGGAAGACGAAGGAGGCGGACAUGUCGGGGAAUCGUCCAGCGUGAUUGAAGGAGGCGGCCAUGUCGGGGAAUCGUCCAGCGUGAGUGAAGGAGACGGACAUGUCGGGGAAUCGUCCAGCGUGAGUGAAGGAGACGGACAUGUCGGACAAUCGUCCAGCGUGAAUGAAGGAGGCCAAGACGUCGACAUCCACAGUGUUUCGUCUGAGUCUUCGAUGCCCUCGGCAGAUGCAAUUACCAUCCGUGUCAACGUCGAGUUUUUCCUAAUGUUAGUGAGAACUUUACGUCGAGAUCUACGCAAGUGGCAGAAAACAAGUGUCCGAGCCGAGGUGAGCCAGGCUAUUGUCACUGCAAGAAUGUGUCCCGGUCCCGACCUUGACUCAAAUCUCCCAGACCCCUUCAAGGCGCUCACCGAAGAAAGACGGAGAGCUGGCAAAAACGGGAAACCAACUGCAGAUGGAGACGACGAGCUGAUUCGAGCACCUCAAAAGGACCUCUUGGCCGAAACGACCAUACUGCCAAAAUUCAGGUCCAUUGGCAGGGUAAGCACGAGUUUUCUUGCACCAAACUAUCGGACCGCCAGUCACAGAGCCUACGACGUAGAAGACGAGGUCGAUGAUCCAGACGCCUCCAGAAAGUAUGAAGAAUUCGAACAGCGACACAAAAUCGACUUCCCGGGCCUGGCGAAACAGCGUGCGUGCCAAGAAUUGAUAUGGCUUUGGGAGCCCUGGGUCGAGGACAUGUUCAGCGGGCUUGAGAUGCUGAAGAGCGACAUCCUUUACUUCUUUGUGCAGGACCACUUUGAACCUGACCGCCAAAUCGACUUCAACUGGUCGGAGCGUUCCCACUCGGCAUGGAAAAAAGAACAAAAGCGUAGGUGCAAAAUAUGCGGCCUGGCUGAUCCAGAGAGCCGGCGGAGCCACUUGGUUGAAGACUUCAAGCAUCUGCCACGGCCCGAUGAUCGAAGGCUUGUUUUCGCAGGACUGGUGGCCUAUGCCUUCCACGAGAUCGUUGGGUCAAGUCUGUGGCAUCUUGCCCUCGGCGAGAUCAUACAACCACGAUAUGCGGAAUCUCAGGCAGCUACGGCGCAAGAUCCUGGCUUCUGCUUAAUUUGUUUUCGUCACCAAUGUCCGGAUCACGGUGCCUACGAGGAACCCUCUGACGAAGAGCAAGAUCUGAGAACAUCCAGGGCACUCAUCAACGAUGAUGAGUCUGACCGUAACAUACGCAAAUUCGUGUCGCGGCCUAGCGCCGAGCCUAAGGUUGAGAAGGACACUCACCUAUGCGGAAUAUUCUGCGUAGAGCCCUCAACAAACUUGCGAAGGCUUCUAGGGCGACACCCCGACGGGACCAUCAGGGGCACCAGACGGAUGCAGGAAAACCACAGUAGGCCCAUACUAGCGGACGACCAGUUCUGCUCUUCGUCGUGCUUCUGGGAUGUCAACAACCGUCUUGAUACCAUGGUAUCAGACGUAAAAUUCCAGCCCUUCGUGUCGCACUCCCAAAAAGAGAUGGUCGAGAAGCUCAUGGGCUUCUACCUCCACAGUCAACGAGGUCCUUGCCUUAUCUCACGAGUGCUCAAGGACGUAAGCUGCAUGAAAAUCUUCCACCAUAUCAUCUUCUCGAUCUAUAGAGUCGAGCACUCUAACGAUCCACUCCCCGCGGCAGCUGAGAUUAGCCUUGCCCAGCCAGACACAGACCAGACAACAGGCAAGAAAAAAAGGAGUCGGGUACACACAAUCGAUGUGUCGAAAAGCAUGGGAUUGGAUAAGCGUAAACCGUUCAUCCCUUGUUCCCACCAGGGGCCUUGCGAGAACAAUCCGGCAUGCUCGUGUGCGGAAGCCAAGGUACAUUGUGAAUGGUUCUGCGGGUGUGAUAAGUCCUGCAAACGACGUUUCCGGGGGUGCAACUGCAAAGCUGCUGGGAAAAAGACGUGCUUUCAAGACUCGAGGUGCGAAUGCUGGAAGCUCAAUCGUGAAUGCGACCCUCAUCUCUGCCUCAAAUGUGGCGUGCUUGAUGUUCUGGAUUCUUUUAACAAGUACAGGAACGACAUUCGACAAGGUCGCUGCCGAAACAACCGCAUCCAGUUGGGUGUGCCUGCUAAGACGACCAAGGCUCCAAGCCAGGUCCAGGGCUACGGGCUUUACAGCGUCGUCGACAUUCCAAAGGGCGAAUUCAUUGGUGAAUAUGUCGGAGAGAUUGUCAGUAAGAAGGAAGCCGACAGAAGAGGCGCACUUUAUCAUCUCCAAAACCAGGAAUAUCUCUUCGCCCUCAAUGCGUCCCAGGAGAUCGACGCGUCUGUAAACGGCAACAAGAUGAGAUUUAUGAACAAUUCACAAAAGGACGAGUUUAUUAAUGUGGUGCCCAGGAGUCUUUUGUGCAGUGGGCAGGUGCGGAUCGGACUGUUUGCGAGACGACGGGUCAAGGCUGGAGAAGAGCUACUGUGGAAGUAUGGUUACGACGAGGAACAUGUCAAGUAUUUCUGGGAGCCAGGAGAAAAAGCGUCAAAUGAGAGAGCACGGAUCCCUCUCUCUCAUGACCGUUUUGCACGAACCACCAGAACGAAUAUGCUAGCAGAAGAAAGCGUUGACAGGAACAGUCAGGAGCGGAACAGCCAGGAGCGGUAUAGCCAGGAGCGCAACAGCCUGGAGCGGAGCACGCAGUCUCCCGUGGUGCCUCCGCGGCAGAAACGCAAGAGGCGGCAGUCUGAGAGUUCUGGGUCAAGUUCGAAUGAAGGAGCAGCGAACAGCUCAGGAGAGGAGAUGAUGCGAGGGCUCGAAAUCGACGAUCCGGAGGAUUCAGACUAUGAGAGUCAUGGCAACGUCUCUGAACAUGGUGAUAUGGAUGAUGAACUUGAAAUUGGGAGGCCGAGUAAUGGUUCACGGAGAAGAAAGCCCCAUCGGCACCAGCGCAUGCGACGUUAA